AUGCUUGUUAUAGUGCGAUUGUUAUUGCCUAUCUUGGUGCUGCAGCUCUCACAUGGGUUCUAUGUACCUGGAGUGGCACCAAGAGAUUUUAGUGAUGGCGAGUCUCUCGACAUCAAGGCUGUUAAACUAACCAGUGUCAAAGCUCAACUGCCUUAUGAUUAUUAUUCACUCCCAUUUUGUAAACCUGAUAAAAUUGAAUACAAGCCUGAAAAUUUAGGUUGUGAAGUUUUGAGAGGUGAUAGAAUUGUGAACACAGACUACAAGGUCCAAAUGAACAGGCCAGUUGAAUGUCAAGUCAUGUGUGUUGCCAACCUGACAUCUGAUGAAACCAAGAUGCUGAACAAGUUUAUUAGACAGGCUUACACUGUUCACUUACUCACUGACAACUUGCCAUGUUCAACACCCAUCAAGUCAACAAAAUCUGAGGAAGAGCAGUAUGAACAUGGCUACAGAUUGGGAAUUGUUAAAGAUGACAAGGUUUACUUGCACAACCACAUCAAAAUGAUGUUGGAUUAUCAUUUAGAGGAUGGGUUGGUUGACAAUUCAUAUAUAUACAGAGUUGUUGGUUUCAAAGUAGAGUCAAUCAGUCAAGCAUGGAAAGAUUUGAAAAGUGCUAGCUGCAAAGAUUCCACUGCAAAAGCUGGUGACCUUUUGGAAAUACCGGCCGAAGGGGCAAUGAAAAUUCCAUUUACUUACAAAGUUGAGUGGAAGAGCAGUCCAGUUAAAUGGGCUUCCAGAUGGGAUACAUACCUGGCAAUGAAUGAUGUGGAGAUUCAUUGGUUCUCAAUCAUCAAUUCCGUGGUCGUUGUACUUUUUCUGUCUGGCAUCUUGACGAUGAUUAUUGUGAGAACGCUGAGGAGAGAUAUUGCAAAGUACAACAAGAUUGAUGAAGAGGAUGAGGCACUGGAGGAAUCAGGUUGGAAAUUGGUACAUGGAGACGUCUUCAGACCUCCACAAAGACCUCAACUACUGGCUGCUCUCAUUGGAUCUGGCAUUCAAAUAUUUUGCGUUAUAUUUAUUGUCAUUGUGUUUGCCAUGUUGGGCAUGUUGUCUCCUGCCUCGAGGGGGGCCCUCAUGACUGCUGGCAUCUUCCUCUUCAUGUUCAUGGGUCUGAUAGCAGGUUAUUAUUCAGCUCGUUUGUACAAAACAAUGAAGGGCAUCAAAUGGAAGAAGGCAGCUUUCCUGACUGGAACGUUCUAUCUCUCAAUUGUCUUUGGCACAUGUUUCUUUCUCAACUUUUUCCUCAUUGGGAAACAUUCAUCUGGAGCUGUACCAUUCACCACCAUGGUUGCCCUGGUGUGCAUGUGGACUGGUAUCUCGGUACCCCUGGUUUUUGUUGGCUACUUCUUUGGAUCUCGCAAACAAUCCUACGAACAUCCGGUACGUACGAAUCAAAUACCCAGACAAGUACCUGACCAACAGUGGUAUCUGCAUCCUGUUGUUGCAACGUUGUUGGCUGGCAUCCUUCCGUUUGGUGCAAUGUUCAUUGAGUUAUUCUUCAUGUUUUCUGCAAUUUGGGAGAAUCAGUUCUAUUAUUUGUUUGGCUUCCUCUUCCUCGUAUUCAUUAUCCUCAUCAUCUCAUGCUCUCAGAUAUCCAUUGUCAUGGUUUAUUUCCAGCUCUGUGGAGAAGAUUACCAUUGGUGGUGGAGGUCUUUCAUUGUUUCAGGUGGGUCAGCCGUCUACGUCUUCAUAUAUUCCAUCUUCUACUUUGUCACAAAACUGGAGAUAACUGAGUUUAUUCCAACCUUGCUCUACUUUGGUUACACAGCGUUGAUGGUCCUUACAUUCUGGCUGCUCACCGGUACCAUUGGAUUCUAUGCUUCUUACUUCUUCAUUCGAAAGAUUUAUGCAGCCAUUAAAAUUGAUUGA